UCUCUGUGUCAGCUGCGUUUUAGCGUCCCAGUGGCUCGCAGAGCUUCAGUGGGAACCAGGCACUGGACUCCAUCACUUUCACACCAGCACAGGUAGCUUUGGAGCGGCGUCCGGACCAGUGCAGUCAGGAACAUCAGUCAAGCAUCCGCGAGGGACCAUGUUCUAGUGGCUCGCGGUGGCUGUCCGACAGUACAAUGAACAAUGAGGACGAGUUCUAUGAUGCCGUCACAGGCUUGGAUUCGGACGAGUCGUGUGAGGGCACUUCAGAAGCCAGUUUUAAAGAUGCAGUCGUGGAUGCUGGUGCUGAGAAGAACAGUGGCACUGUACAUGAGAAUGGAAUCAAGAAACGCAGGUCAACCCUUCCUGCCCCCAUGUUCUCCAGAAAUAACUUCAGCAUAUGGAGCAUCCUGAAGAAAUGUAUAGGAUUGGAGCUGUCCAAGAUCACCAUGCCCAUUGUGUUCAACGAGCCGCUGAGCUUUCUGCAGAGAAUCAGCGAGUACAUGGAGCACACGUACCUCCUCAACAAAGCCUGUGCCGAGUCGGACUCCAUUGAGAGAAUGCAGGCUGUAGCUGCCUUUGCUGUGUCCGCAGUGGCCUCUCAGUGGGACAGAACUGGAAAGCCGUUUAACCCUCUCUUAGGGGAAACCUAUGAACUCACACGAGAGGAUCAGGGCUUCAGGUUGAUCUCAGAACAGGUGAGUCAUCACCCACCAAUCAGUGCAUUCCAUGCUGAGGGUCUGUCGGGGGAUUUCCUGUUCCAUGGCUCGAUAUACCCAAAGCUCAAGUUCUGGGGCAAGAGUGUGGAAGCAGAACCAAAAGGAACCAUCACAUUAGAGCUCCUCAAGCACAAAGAGGCCUACACAUGGUCAAACCCUUUCUGCUGUGUACACAAUGUCAUCGUGGGCAAACUGUGGAUUGAGCAAUACGGCACUGUAGAAAUACUGAACCACAGUACUGGAGAUAAGUGUGUGCUGAACUUCAAACCCUGUGGGAUGUUCGGCAAAGAGCUGCACAGAGUGGAGGGCUACAUCCAGGAUAAAAGUAAGAAGAAGCAAUGUGUGAUCUAUGGAAAAUGGACCGAAUGUAUAUGGAGCGUAGAUCCGCAGACGUACGAUUCUCAUCGCAAGAACGAUAAAAAAGGAGCGUCAGACUCCAAGAAACAGAAACCGGAAGAGGCAGAUGUUGCAGAAAAUGAUGAUGCGGAUGACAUGCCAGAGGUACAGGAGACCGUAGCUGUGAUCCCUGGUAGCACUCUACUCUGGAGAGUGUGUCCUAGACCACCUCACUCAGCAGAGAUGUAUAACUUUACUAAUUUUGCUAUCACACUGAAUGAAUUGGAGUCCGGCAUGGAGGGUGUUUUACCCCGGACAGACUGUCGCCUACGACCUGAUAUACGAUCCAUGGAGAAUGGAAACAUGGAUGAAGCCAGCAGAGAGAAGGAGAGGCUGGAGGAGAAGCAGAGAGCAGCUCGUAAAAACAGGGCAAGGGAAAAUGCGGAAUGGUCGACUCGGUGGUUUGAACUGGGAGCAAACCCUCACACAGGAUCACAGGACUGGCUCUACACUGGAGGUUACUUUGAUAGGAAAUAUGCAGACUGUCCUGACAUCUACUAAUAAGGGACCAGCACUCACUCCCUUUCCUUCCCCACUGCACAGCAUCCAUCAUAUCACACGCGCGUAUAUAUAUAUUAGUUCAUCUGGAACUGAUGAUGCAGCAGCUGGUUUUCCUUCGUUCAACUCGCUGCUUACCGUAUUUAGCUAAACGUCUGUAACUCAGUCUGUAUUGAAAUCAGGGAUGGGAGCGCUCAUUCGAGCCGGUUUUGUAUUUCUUAUGGGUGAAAGGGGAGGAUGUGAUCACAGAACUCAGACUCCCCCUCCCCAGUUAGGUGGGAUUUUGCAAUGAGAGCACUGAUGUUUUUCAUAUAGAACAUAAGGAAAGUGCAGAAGAAAAGAAGAGGCACUGAUUCUCAGAGAAUUGUCUUCUCUGCCGUAGAACUCUUAAUACGCCCGUUACAUCUCCGUGCCCUGCUUUUUCACUUUAUUGCUCCAUGACCGAACCUCCAGCUCAACCUGUAUAAUCAUCACAUGUCACAUGGAUUAAUUUUCUCAUGUUCGUACAUAGUCCAUACCCACGUGUUUGUGUGCAACAGUACAGAUGCCAUUUUUGACAUACGAGAGCACUGAUGUACGCUACAUGCUUACCUGACCAACCGGCCCCUGUUCAAGUAGUCAAAAGUGAAUCAAACCAUGAUGAUGAUGAUGAUGAUGAUGAUAGUACUACUACUAAUAAUAAUAAUGAACUGCUCUGUGUGUGUAUAUAUACUAUUUCCGUUUAUGUGAACAUUCUUCAUUUGGAGGUACAAUAUAAUGUCCCUGUUGGGUUUUAGUUCUCAUGGGGUGAAAGAGUUUCAAAUCCAAAACUAUAGCAGUUUUUCCACAUUAAAAAAAAAAAAUCCCAAAAGCAACCAUAAAAUAUAUUUUUAAUGAUUGCUGAGCGAUUUGCCUCCGAGUAUCAUGUGAUAUGUGACCAUUUGUGUUGUGAUGCUCUGACAAGAUAAGAAUUGUAAAAAAAAAAAACAUGCAUUCAGUGUCAUGCCUUAACAGCAUUUACGUCAUGUGUUUCGUUAGCUGUCGCAAGUUUCUUGUGAUUUUGGUUGGACUCUGUUUCACUGCUGUUGCGUGUAUCCAGUUUGUCCUGCUUAUACAUGUUAAUUUGGAGUACAUCUCAUUUUUAAACUUCAUGCACCAUGCUAUAUUUAUUAUCGCUAUUCCUAAACUUAGGUUAAAAUGAUUUAGCACGCGUGCGCGCGCACACCUCUUGUGAGAGCAGUCACAAUCUAUGCAAAAUCAAAUGUUUGAAAGCUCUGUAUAUUUACUGGUCACUGUGUUUUUGAUCUGAAGCAAGAUAUAGUCCAUAGAUUAACCUGACUGGAGAAAAAUGUCUACAGACAGUUUAUGGGAUUGUAAAGUUGCCACAAAAUAUGCUCUUGGCUAAUAUUUCAUUUUCAAUGCCCACAGUUAUCACCCUUCCAUAAAUCUUUUGUUUUCCCUUAAUUGCUGAAACUCUAGUUAUGAUAUGUGCAAGAGAUAAUCGUCAUGUUGACAUUUUCAAGGCACAGUGAUGCUAGAAUUUCAUGUUUUAUUUUAAAGGAACAGUCCACCGUAUUUCCAUAAUGAAAU